UUGCAUACGUGCACACGAGUAGAGAAGGAAAACACGAGCGAAAGAGACACAGGAGAAGAAAGUGGAUGUGCUGGACUCAGAUCAGUAAUGCUGGACGCAGUCUGCACACGCUGACACAAUCAUGACAGCAGGAGUGAUCUUUGUAUUAUUCUGCCUGGUAUUACUCCAAGCCGUCUCCUCCUGUCCCAAAGAGUGCUCAUGUGACGCUCACACCAAAGUGGCGGACUGCCGGGGGAAAAGUUUGUACGAUGUUCCUCACAAACUCCACGAAGACACACUGGAGCUGUACCUCCAAAACAACCGCAUCCGAGGCCUGGGCUCCAUGUUCUUCCGAGAGACGCCGCAACUCCAGGUUCUGGACCUGGCCAACAAUUCCAUCUCAACACUUUCCCCCAGUGCCCUGCUGGGACUCAGAGGUCUUAAGAUCCUCAGCUUGGCCAAUAACUCCAUCCGGGAGGUGGACCGACGUCUUCUGGUUUCCAUUAGAAAUCUAACUCUCUUGGACUUGUCCUAUAAUAGCAUAGGAGGUUUACCCGCAGCAUUCGCCGACAGUUUUCAUCAUCUCACACACCUGUCGCUCCAUCACAACCGGCUGACCAAACUGGACCGCGUUCACCUGGAGGCUCUUGAAAAUCUGAAAGUUCUUGGUCUGAAGGGCAAUCCCUGGAGGUGUGACUGCCAUCUGAUAGGACUCAAGCUGUGGCUGGAAACAUUUGCCUUCAAAGGUGGAGUGGUUGACGGCAUCACGUGCGUCCAGCCUCACCUCAUGCAGGAGAGAGACCUCCGUCACAUUCCCUACGAGGUCUUUCACGCCUGCAUGAUAACCAGCUACAGCUAUCUGUUCGCCAACAUCCACUAUCUGGACAGUAAACACCGCAACCUCGGCGGACAUCUUCACCCCAGCUCCAGAGCUCCGGCCGGCGGUGAUUUCAACCCGCAGGGAGAGUACGCACUUCCCGACUGUGAGGCCAAGCAGAGACCCCGACCAGUCAACUACAGACACGCUAUAGCCACGGUGGUCAUCACGGGAGUGGUUUGUGGAAUUGUGUUCCUGAUGAUGGUGGCGGCCGCCAUCUACGGAUGCGCAUAUGCAGCGAUUAACGCGAGGUAUCAGAGAGAGCUGAAGAGGAAAGCGACGGAGGCCGACAGAGAGGAGAGGAAGAGCUCUGAGAGAGAUCAGGAGAAAACGCCGCCGGAGUGA